UAACAGAAAAUCCAUCCAUUGAAACAACAAUCCUUGGAAAAUCGAAACAAUGUGGUUCGGAAUUAGAAAAGGGUUUCGCUUGUUGCUAGCCUUUAGCUUUCUUCUUGCAGUGCAAUGUGUGCAAGAACCUUUGUUGCGGGAAGGAAAACGAGAAUCCAUACUCGCGAUGGACAAAUUAAAGUACUUUAAUUCUACACGACUGCAGAAAAUUAUAGACGACUUGGUCGAAAACGAGCCCUCAUUCUUGAAAGCCUCCAAAAUGGCAGCUGGCAUGAGCGACGUGGAGCGAAAGCAAACCGUACAAGAUCUACGAACAGUUGCGGAGUCUUUAAAAGGGAAGGACUCUCAUUUGGCAUACUUGAAAGCAAGUAAGGAUGCUUCUCAGAAGCAAGGAUCCUUGAACGAGGGUUUCGAGGAUCAUUCGCCUUCCAUGGAACAUGCAUUGUUUGAUUCCAUUAAAAAGAAUAUGGAAGAUUUUUUUUCGUUUACGCCUAGUAUGAAUGGAUUUCUUGCUACUCUCCUUACAGCCAUCCCGCCUAACGUAUUUAUCCUUAUGGUGCCACGAAACCUCAACACGGGCUUCUUGAACUUGUUUGUCGCCGUCUCUGCUGGAAGUUUGUUAGGGGAUGUCUUUGGUCAUUUGCUUCCAGAAAUCUACGAAAAAGCUAAAGAGGAUACGAAUGCUACUUCACCGACCGUAUCCGUGUUGGUAGGCAUCCUGAUAUUCUUCUUUAUGGACAAAGGUCUUCGUAUUCUUCUCUCCUCAAAUAAAAACCAUCAUAGUCAUCAAAUCACAGAAACGAAAUCCGAAAAGGAUGUAUCCGCAUCCUCCACCACACAGCAUGAACGUCUUGAUCCUGCUUCUCAGAAAUUGCGAAAACGCCGUAGCAGCGUCAGUCAUGCACCAUUGAGAGAGGAAUCCACAGUGGAACAAGAGAAAACGAACGGAGAAGAAAAUGAAUCAACUUCUUCGGAAAAAACAGUUGCCUACUUGAACUUAUUUUCUGAUUGUUUCCACAACUUUAUGGAUGGGUUGGCUAUUACUACAUCGUUCUUUGCGAGUACGACCAUUGGUAUUACCACGACGUGCGCCGUGUUCCUCCACGAAAUUCCCGCCGAAGUCGGUGACUUGGCUAUUCUAUUGCGGAAUGGGUAUACCAAAAUGCAGACGUUCUCCUUUCAACUCAUUACAAUGUUUGCUGGCCUCUUGGGAUCCAUUACGAGUAUAUGGAUUCAUUCGGCCGCUCUCGCCUCCACUGUGCACAAUGAGGGCACAUCUUUAUUGCCGCAAAGCUCUAUUGCCUCUUUCCUUUUACAAUUGGAAGAUAAACUAUUGCCCUUUUCAGCUGGUUGCUUCUUGUACAUCGCCUGUCUUGGUGUUUUCCCCGAACUCCUCGAAUUGAAUCAAGAGCAAAGCAAGUGUACUCAAUUCAUCUACACAACCGCUUCUGCCAUCUGUGUAGUAAUUGGCUUCUUGUUUUUGAUUUACAUCUAAUCAAAUAUUGUUCCUGCAACUUAAAAAAAAAAAAGUUUUUUUGUACAACCAUGAGUUUCCUCCAUUCCCGAUGAGAUGAAAGGCAAAACAAUAUAUGAAUUCAUAUUUAAUAACUUUUCAUGAACUAUAAUACUGCAUUAACGUGAAUUGGUUUUCAACAAAAGACAACAAUGUGUAUGAAUGAAUUAUAAAUUUUCAUUCAAAAAUUCUUUUACAAAUCUCUUUUCUUUCUUCUUUUUUUUUAUACAAAUUUUAAAACAUUCUUUGUUUACAAGUAAAAGACUACACAGUUGAGUCUCAUUGAACAAGCGAGCCAUCACGAAAGAUUAAUUCUACAUGGAAAUAAAAGAAAAAUGAAGAAUCUUCUUACAAAACGUUCUUCGUCUUACUUUUAAAAACAAUUUUUACAUAGAAAUCAACCACUCUUUUUUGAUUUUAAGAAUAAAAAAAGAAAGGAAAAAUAUUUAUUCGUUAUUAUCAUGCCAUCAUGUGAAAAACUUAUGCUUGUUGCAGCAUAAAUCAAUCAAUCAUUGAACUCAUUGCGUUUUUAAAGAGUUGUUGAUGGAUACUCUUGUAUUGAAGAGAUGAAUGACAAUUAGAAGGAGGGAGGGAAUACUCAAUCCGUCUUACUUCUUGUCGUCGACAAAGCGACUGACCUUGUCGUGAGCUUCUUGAGUUGAGCUCUUGCUCUCAUCAGAGGUAAAGUUCUUGGCGACCUUGUCGUAGGCACCAGUGACUUGUUCCUUAGCUUUGUCGAUAGUAGACUUAGAGGAAUCAGGAGUAAUCUUUUCCUUCAUUUGGUCAGUGAAGGGCUUUCUUUCGGGAUCAGACAUAUUGUAUUUGUUAAUGUUCAGUGAAUUCAAUUGAUGCUGUUUAGGAGGAUUUCGUUCUUCCUUAUAUAGAAUGAUUGUUUACAUUCCAUGUAAUAAUGACGAUACCUGCAGCAUGAUUCAUAAUGAUAUCAACGUAG